AUGGCCGUUGUAAUUGAAACGACUCUUGGAGACAUCACAGUAGAUUUGUACCUAGAUCAACGACCUGUAACAUGUCUAAACUUUCUGAAACUGUGCAAAAUGAAGUACUACAACUUCAAUUUAUUUCAUUCUAUUCGAAGUGGCUUUAUAGCUCAAACAGGAGAUCCAUCAGGUGAAGGCUCAGGAGGGCAAUCAGUAUUUGGUUUGCUAGAGGGACCCCAAAAGCGAUUCUUCUCUGGCGAAAAAAGACCCAAAAUUCGUCAUAAUGAUGUGGGUUUACUUUCAAUGGUCGGUACCGGAGACAUGAUGAUUGGCUCGCAGUUCUUCUUCACUUUAGCUCCAGAUUUGGACUCCUUGGAUGAUGUACAUUGUGUUAUUGGUGAGGUUACAGAAGGCCAUGAAGUUUUACGUCAACUAAAUGAUGUUAUAUGCGAUGAAACACAUCGUCCUUACCGUGAUGUGAGAAUAACACAUACCAUAGUACUAGAAGAUCCAUUCAAUGAUCCCGUAGGUCUGAGGGCACCUUCAAGAUCACCUUCACCUAGUGCAGAACGUUUGAAAAAUGGUCGGAUUGCUCCAGACGAAGAAGUAGAUGAAACUCUGGGUAAAUCUGCAGCUGAGAUCCAAGAAAUGAUAGAGGAGAAGGAAGCCAAGGCCCGGGCUACUAUCUUAGAAAUUGUUGGUGACUUACCUGACGCUGACAUUGCUCCACCUGAAAAUGUUCUUUUUGUCUGUAAACUGAAUCCAGUUACAACUGAUGAUGAUUUAGAAAUAAUAUUCAGCAGAUUUGGCAAAAUUGUUAGCUGUGAAGUAAUAAGAGAUAAGAAGACUGGGGACUCUUUGCAGUACGCCUUCAUUGAGUUUGCAGAGAAAAAGUCAUGUGAAGAUGCCUAUUUUAAAAUGGGUAAUGUAUUGAUAGAUGACAGAAGAAUUCAUGUAGACUUCUCUCAGUCUGUAUCUAAGAUGAGAUGGUUAGGAAAAGGAAGAGGAGUAAAAUACUUAAAUGAUGAUGAUGACAAUAGUUUCCAACCACAAAAAGAAUUGUCAAAAAGUUCUCAAAGUAAGGAAAGAGAAUAUAAAAAUCGUGAGAGUGACAGGUUUUCUUACAACAAUAAAAAGAAAUAUGAGAACAAAGAUCGAGAGCUUGAGCGAGAAAAUAGAAGAUCAGUAAGAAAAAGAAGUAGAAGUCCGAUAAACAGGCAAACAUCAAGAAACCAUAGAAAUAAUGAAAAUAAUAAUUCUAACUCUAGAAUAGAUACAAAUAAUAGGGACUACAGAUAUGAUGUAAAUAAAGAUGAAAACAAUAGGAAUAGCAGAAAUCAUGGCUCUAGUAGGCGGACCUCACCAACAAGGGAUCGAAAGGAGGACAGAUCAAGAGAUCACAGAGAUGAAAGAACAGAUAGUAAAAAAAAUUAUAGAGGUGUAGAGAACAAAUCUACAAAUAGAAAAGAUAAUAUAUCUAGAAGGUCAAGGUCAAGAGACAGCAUAGAUGGUAUGCAUAAAGAUGAUAGAGAUAAAAAAAAUGAUAGAAGAAGUGGAAGGGCAGACAGAUCAACAUACAGAAUAGAAGAAAGAGUUAAUUAUCAUAGUAACGAUCAGCCACGAAAGAGACGGAACUCUUAUGAUGAUAGAACAAGAAAUGGGAAAGAAGAACAGAAUUAUGAUAAAAGAAAUUAUGAAGAAAAUAAAAGUGUAUCUAGGAACGAAAGAGAAGAUAAAGAAAGAAGUCACAAAAGUAAACAUAGCAGAGAGGAUACCAAAUCUGACACAGAAAAAACAGAAAGUAAAAAACGAAAACACAUAGAAGAAGAAAUCAAAGUAUAUAGGAGUAAAAAGUCCAAACAGUCUUCAGAAUGUAUUGAACCUAAAACACCGUCUCCAUCUGAAAAAAAUAACAGAAAAACAUCUAAAAGCAAAGGGAAACAUGUAAAGAAACAUAAAAAAGUUUCCAAAAAGAAACGAAAACAGUCUACAUCAUCAGACAGCUCUUCAGAAUCAAGUACUUCAAGUGAAUCAAGCUCAUCUGAUAGUGAUUGUAAAAGGAAACGCAAACGCAGAAGGAUGAAGAAGUACUCAACAUCGAGUUCCAGCAGUAGUGAAAGCAGUACAUCAUCUAGUUCAUCAUCAAGUACAGAAUCUACUAGUUCCUCCAGUUCCAGCUCUGAUAGUGAUAGUAAAAAGAAGAGUAGAAAGAAAAGUAACAAAAAGAAGAAGCAAAAAAACAUAUGA